GAAGCAGCUGUCUCGACUCCAACGGAGUGUGAUUCUCUUCCUGUUUGCCUUCCUGGCCGUCUGCGGAGUCAUUUCGUAUACAACUAUGGGAGAGCCGUGGAAAAGUCUAACAAACAAAUCACCAGAUGAUCAGAGAGCAGAGCCAGAAGUUCCUGGGCUAAAGUUGGCAAAUCCAGCUGUUUUACCAGCACCUCGGAAAGCAGAUGCCAACCUUGGAGACUACCCAGAGCUUUCACUUCAGAAGCAGCCAAAGUUGCCUCAUGUCCGUCGUGGUCCUCCUAAUCUUCAGAUCAAGCCACCACGGAGGGAUGUGAGGCUCAAGACCCAACAUGAUACCAGCAAAGUUUUAGAGGAACCAGUCCAGACUGAAAAAGAAGAGAAGACAGAGAAAUCUGUUAUCAGUUGGAGAGGAGCAGUGAUAGAACCUGACCAAAGCACCGAACCUCCUUCUAGCAAAAUUAAGGAACCAGAAAAACCCUCAUCUAUGGAAGCUGAAAGCCAGAAAGAACCAGUGCCCAUAAAUGAGCGUCAGAUGGCUGUGAUCGAAGCAUUCCGCCAUGCCUGGAAAGGAUAUAAGGAUUUUGCCUGGGGACAUGAUGAACUGAAGCCUUUAUCCAAAUCUUACAGUGAGUGGUUUGGACUCGGCCUUACUCUGAUCGAUGCUUUAGAUACCAUGUGGAUAUUAGGCUUAAAAGAAGAGUUUGAAGAAGCAAGAAAAUGGGUAGCAGAGGACUUAGUAUUUGAUAAAAACGUGGAUGUGAACCUCUUUGAGAGCACUAUUCGUAUCCUGGGGGGCUUGCUCAGCACCUACCAUCUCUCUGGAGAUAGCCUCUUCCUGGAAAAAGCAAAGGACAUUGGGAACAGGCUUAUGCCAGCGUUCAACACACCCUCCAAGGUACCUUACUCCGAUGUCAACAUUGGCCGAGGCACCGCGCAUCCGCCACGGUGGACGUCUGACAGCACCGUGGCAGAGGUGACCAGCAUUCAGCUGGAGUUCAGGGAGCUUUCUCGGCUCACUGGCGAUGAGAAAUUCCAGAAAGCUGUAGAUGAUGUAAUGAAGCAUGUUCACACCCUCUCAGGAAAAAAUGACGGACUAGUGCCUAUGUUUAUAAACACCAACAGUGGGCAGUUCACUCACCUGGGUGUCUAUACUCUGGGAGCCAGAGCUGACAGCUACUAUGAAUAUUUGCUCAAGCAGUGGAUUCAGGGUGGGAAAAAAGAAAAUGAGCUGUUGGAAGACUAUGUGAGAGCCAUAGAAGGAGUGAAAAAGCAUCUUCUUCAGAGAUCUCAACCUAAGAAGCUUACCUUUGUAGGAGAGCUUGCUCAUGGCCAUUUCAGUGCCAAGAUGGACCAUUUGGUUUGCUUUUUGCCCGGCACUUUGGCACUGGGAGCUCACAAUGGAUUGACGGCCGAUCACAUGAAACUGGCUGAAGCCUUGAUAGAAACCUGUCACCAGAUGUAUGUGCAGGUCGAGACCGGCCUGAGCCCCGAGAUCGUGCACUUCAACCUUCAUGCACAAAAGGGCCACAAAGAUGUUGAAAUCAAGCCUGCAGACAGGCAUAACUUGCUGCGACCAGAAACUGUGGAAAGCCUUUUCUAUAUGUACAGAUUCACCGGAGAUAAGAAAUACCAAGACUGGGGCUGGGAAAUCUUGCAAAACUUCAAUAAGUAUACACGGGUUCCUGCAGGCGGUUAUACUUCCAUUAACAACGUCCAGAACCCCAGUAAUCCAGAGCCACGAGAUAAGAUGGAGAGCUUCUUCCUUGGGGAAACACUCAAAUACAUGUUUUUGCUGUUUUCAGAUGACAUAGACUUAAUCAACCUUGACAAAUAUGUAUUUAACACAGAAGCUCAUCCGCUCCCAAUUUGGAUGCCAGCAUAGACAUAGUGUCAGUAGACCUUCCAGUGGUGGCGUAUUUAUCUCCAAGUCACUUUAAUUUUCAGGGUUUGAAGAGAGAUGCUGUAUUUGCACCUUUCUUGGUUUAAAAUGAACGAACAAAACCUUUGGGAAAGCAUCUCUGGUUUAGAGAAGUUUUGUCAGUCUUAAAUCUAUCCUCUGAUCUCUAGUUCAGGGAUGGACAAGCUGUGCCAUGCUAAGCUGCUUUGCCUGGUAUUGAUUAUUAGAGAAGAGAAUAAUUGUGAUGUGGACCAUGGAAUUCACUGGGCUCUGGUGAACCAGAACUCACUAGUCAGUCUUACUAAAUGAUAAUUAAGUAUCAGAAAUGCAGCAAGCUGUCUUAGAGCACAGGGUUGUUGCUGAAGAGAAGGAAUAAACCAAAAGAUUUCUA